AUGCUCGACACGACGCUCCUCGCGAGCACUGCGUCCACCGAAUCGCCAAAGCGCAAGCGCCACCAAUUCAAGGAGAUGUGCUGGGGCGACGCCAUCUCGGGCGGCGAGCUGGGAUGCGAGGCGCUGCCGCCAAACACAAAGAAUGCUUUUCGUGAGCACUUUUGCCGGCGAUGCAGGGAGAGGGGCGUGAGCGUACCCGUGUCGAGGGUUCGGAUACCGGUCGGCGUUGACAGCGCGGUGAUUGUCAACCGUAAGACGGGUGGGGUCUGGAAUGAGCCGACGCGUACGUCGCACAUGCCAGCGUUCCGAGUCGUGAACCAGACUGCAGACUGCACGGGCGCGAAGCUUGUGGUCUUGCGGGACGAGAGCCCGGUGCCGCUGCCCGGAUUGGCCGAGCUCUCGAACUUCGGCGACCGCGUCGACUUCCAGAUCUCCCGCACACUCAUUCCUGUCGUGCCUCUGCCCUUCGCGCACUCGGCUGUGCCGCUGCCGCUCGCUUCCCAUAGCUCCGCGACGGACACCGCCUCGCUGCUCGACCGCCCCGCCUCGCCGUACACUGGACGCUCGAGCAGCACCGGCUCGCCUUGCGCCGCCUCGCUGCUCGACGAGUGUGGGCUCGACGCAGCUGGGCUCGAGCACUCGCCCUCCACCAGCGGGCCGAGCUACUCGUCCGGAGACAAGCUCCCCACCUUCCUCCCCGACGAGCCCGGGCUUGACGCCGGACUAGACGAGCUACUCUCCUCCAUCGCCUCCGAAGACGCCGUGUCCCCCUCGGCCGACUCCCCCUCGGCCCCGCCGUCCCCGCCGCCGCUCCCGAGCAAGCCUGCCCCCGCCGCCCUCUCCGCGCGGCGGCGGCGCUGCGGCGGCCUACGCCUCCUCCCCACAGUCCUGCUGCCGAGCGCGGCAAUCCUAAGCUCCGUCGCAGCGAGCGGCCCCUCGCCUCUCGCGGAGCUGCAGCUAGGCUUCGCAGUCACCGUCGUGCUCAUCCUCUCCAGCCUCGUCCUGCCUCCGCGCACGCUCGGCAAGCUGCUCACCGUCGUCACCACCCUCGCCGCGGCGUUCAACGUUGCGAUGAACCUGCUGCGGCACGGCGACGAGCUCAACGCGGCGAUCCUCGCCUGCCACGAGGGGCGCAUGCCCUUCCUCCUCCUCGCCGUCGCGGCGGGCGCCCUUCUCGGCGCGGGCCCCUCCAUGCCCGCACCCCUGCAUUCCGCAUGCUGGUUCCGCGAGAGGAAGCUCUGCCUGCUCGGCCGCCGCUCGCCGCUCCGCGUGAGCGACAAGGGCCUGGCCAUCGCGAUCUGCACGGCCGCAUUCCUCGUCGACUACCUGGCGUGCUCCGCCCGCUCCACCUCGCCCCACAGCGAGGUGCAUGGCCGCUUCGUCGCGCUCUUUGCCGCGUCGGCGGUCGCCGGGGCGCGCGGGAGCCGGUGGAUCGCCGACAGCCCCACAGGCAUCUCCCCGUCGGCCUAG